AUGGCGAACAACGAGGCGGGCCUCGGCGAUGACGGCACGAGUCAGCUGCAAGACCUCAAGGGCAUCCCCAUCGGCCAGCUUUCCACGUCUGUGACCGCCGCUCUGAAUCGCAAACAACGCAAACUCGACGUUGAGUACUACAACUCAGGCUCCUCUUUUCUGGCGCUGCACUCCGAAGUGCAGUUGUCACUCUCGUUGCUCGACUCGUUGUCAUCCUUCCUGUCCUCCUUUCAGAAAGAUCUGUCCCAUGUUUCGGGCCACAUUUCCGACCUGCAGGAUCGCUCACAUGCGCUCGACGCUCGCUUAGUCGGCAGGCGGCAGUUGGAUCGGCUGCUGAGCAAUCUAAUCGGGCAGGUAGCGCUCAGCCCCAGGCUUGUCGAUCUCUUCUUUGACUCGGAGCCGAAACAAGGUGGCUGGUUGGAAGCUUGUGAAGACCUGGAGAGGGUGCUGGAUCAAACGCAGAGCGUCGCUCAGCUCGCCAGCAACCAUGCAGCGACAGCGGCAGGUGCCGCCGCCACAACGACAACCCAUCAUUCGACACCGAUGUCCGCCGUGCUACCUUCGACACCAUCAGGCGGCACCGCGGCGGCAACAGAAUCUGCCGCCAAUGCAGCCGGUGCUUACACGGCCCUUCCUCCCGAGUCACGCAUCCUCCUCGAAUCACGGACACUAGCGCUCUCCUGCCUAUCGAUUGCAGUGCGCAAGCUGCGACCGUACUUAAUAUCUUACUUCCAUCCCUUCAAGACGCAAAUUAGCACCAACUUGCAGGUCUUGCAAACGUCUGUUCUACUCAAGCCUGCACAUCGAAAUCUCUACGCCUUCCUUGCCAGACAGGCACCGCGUGUUGCGAUCGACGUACAGCGCGUCUACCUUGCCGCUGCAAGGCUCUACUUUGAGACGGGCUUCAGGAGGUACACGCGAGCUCUGGAGAAGAUCCGAGCGCGCAGUGUCAGAUUUUCCGGUUCCGGUGGCAGAGCUGGGGCUGGCGAGCAAGGUGCAGGUGAUGUUUCCGCAUCUAUCCCUGCUGCUGCAAAGAGCAGCAAUCUACCAGCUGCUCCCACCCCCACUUCCUCAGCAGGCAGUGCGGCAGAUAUGCUCAUCGGCGACACCUCGCCCAGCAGCAUGAGUGCCGUCGCACUUUCGCUCCUCGCGCGAGCCGGCGGUGGUAGCGCAACAGCGAAAUACAUCGAGCAGCUCGACAAGGAGGACAAGCUGUUCAUUUUAGAUGACGAACGCUUCGCCCAAAGCCAAUUCGAUGGGCCCGGCGUCGUUCUCGCUUACAUGGCAGAUAAUCCAUUCUUUAAGGCGACACCCGAGGUACUUUUCCGCUCGAUGGCCCUCACCUUCCUUGAUAAUGCUUGCUCAGAGUACACAUUUCUCGUGCGAUUCUUCGAGUCUCUCCCACCGCCACGACACAAGGCAGGCCCAUCGCGCUCGCUGCAGGGAGACAUGCGAAGUGCAAUGGCUGCAUCAGUGACGCCGCGCACAAGUAUCGCGGACAGCUCGCGCCCGAGCCUCGAUCUAUCGCGUUCCGGUGGAGGCUCACGAGCGUCGACGUUCCUCAACGUCGCGUCCCCCACCGCGGAAGGUGCAAGCAAUAUGCCCAUGACGCCGGCCGCGCAGCAGCAGAACCGCCAACAGCAACAUUCGAAGACUUCACAACAGCCUCCGCACAGCGCACGCACCGCAACGUCGGUAGGGACAGACUACACCAGUCCGGCACCCGAAGAAAGCGCGAGCGUUUUUGGGGGCCGAGCCGAAGAUCACGACGGUGAAGAUGAAAGUGGCAUGCGCUCUGCCAUCACUGCAGAUGGCGCGUUCGAAGCAGAGGGUUCGCCAGCGGAUGACUUUGGACACACAAUUGUCAGACUCACGCUCAAGGAACAGCGGGCGAGGAAAGGUAAAGGCGUGGAAGAUGAGCUGUGGAAGCAGGUCAUGGAGCCUGUUCUAGGGCACUGGACGACCUUCACCAAAGCACUGCUCAGUUCUACGCCACCCCCCCCUCUACUCUCGCUGCUCUGCAUGGUGAAGCUCAACGAGGCAUUGAUGGCCGCCGCGACCGCGCGCGGGGCAGCAUCUGUGCUGCAGGGCCCGCUUCUGACAUUCAAAAUUAACGCCUGGCCAUUGAUCCAGCGGUCGUUCGACGAGCAUAUUGGGAGCCUGCGCAAAAUGAUGACAAACUACGGCAUCAGCACAGCUGGCCGAUCGCAUAUCGGCGGUGGCAGCAGCAACAUCAGCGGCGGUGGCAGCUCGACCGGGUCCAGCACCGCGGGAACUGCAGCAACAGCAGCGGGGGUUGUAGCGGGCUUGACGAGUUGGUCCGGCCUGACGGGCCUGGUCAACGCCGCGGCAAAUGCAACAAGUAACUUUAGCACCGCAGAAAAGCUCGCGAUGAUCCGGUUGGUCUGCACGCGCUACGCCAGACUGUUCCUAUCGCUCCUCCAGCUUUCGGACGAACAGAACGAGACGAUGCUGUUCGGCAGCGUGCAGCGCUUGCGCGAUGAGGUUGAGUGGCUUGCAAAGGAAGGUGCAAAGGUCGUCGCGAAGGAGCAGGCUAAAAAGGAUGGCGCGGGGGUGCAGCCGGAAAUGGAGAUUCUGGCGGAUUACUACGACGCAGUCUGCAAAGUGCUUUCGGACCCUGGCGGACGAGUAUCAGCCUCCCUCCCGCGCGUCCAGUCCGAACUGUCGCACUGGACAGAAUUGCGCAUCGCAUUGGUCUCAUAG